AUGGGGUUCACCAUGAUGGUGGACGGGGUGGCGUUUGAGGAGGAGGAUGCGAGGCAGAGCUCGUAUCUCCUAGGGCUCAUGGAGGACGCGGACGCGGAUCAACCUCGGGUGAUGCAUGUCAAGACGCCUCUCGAUCAAGCUGCGCUCCUCAACUUGCUCCGCAUCCUUCGCGGAGAGGGCGUUGAGGCAGUUUGCCGAUCUCUCGGAGGAGAGAAUCGGGGAGGGUCGGAUGAGGAGAGGGGUGAGAAGGAGGAGCAGGAGGAAGGAUCGACGGAAAGUAUGCACGGGCUUGUCAGCAUGUUGAUAUCUGCUUCGUUUCUCCACGCUCAGAUGGCGGAGGAUGCGAUUCUAAACCAUCUUGCUCGCUACCUCACAACGUCCUGUCGGUCAUCCUGGGAGCUGAGGAGCAGGUGCGGGCUCGGGCAUGGGCCCUUGUCAAGACAUGAGGAAGAGGUUGUGCGGAGGAUGAUCAACAAGUCAGGGCUGCAAGACGAUCAUCUCAACGAGUUGCUCAGGGAAGGGAAGGUUGAGCGCGCCAUGGGAGAGAUGCAGCGAUGUUCCGCCGCGCAAGCUGAAGGCAGGAGGGACGGGACGGAAACUUUCCAUGGCGCCAUCGCCGUUGCUGCGAUCGAGAGUCUCUCCUCGUUCAGCCCACUUAGGCUGCUGCAUGAAGAUUUGAUCUGCCUGCUGAUGGAGAAGGUGGCGGUCAUCGUAGUCCCUGACGAUGGCCGUGUGGAGGAGGCAGUGAGCAAGGUGCGAGACUUCAAGGAAACAGGACAAAGAGUGCGAGUGCGAGGAGGGGAGUAUGAGAUGGAUUGCUGCCUGGCGAUCAAAGACAGAGUUGUACUGAUGGAGGCCUUCAAUCCUCUCAAGGUCUUCUUGGCCCGCAGGAGCGGAGGAAUUCGAUGCUCGUCCUCGAAAGGAUUCACCUGCAGCAGCUGGAAGAAUUUCGACCGCCAGGUCAAGAGCAUGCAGCAUCCUGCUGCUGAUGUGAAGUCUACCUGCUCAUCGUCGUUCCCUCAGAGAGUGAGGAGGUUGAGGCGCUCGGGUACUGGGAGGGUGGACCAGUCGCUGUUCGGGUCGAAGAGGGAGAAAGGAAGCAACGGCUGCGGGGCAGUAGCGAGCAUGAGGGGGCGCGUGCUCCUGGACUCCUGCAGGAUCGAAGAGAUCGGGUUGGAUGGAGCGGUCGCCUCGGUAGGAGGACAGCUCGACGUCAUCGACAGCUUCAUCUGCUCCUGCGGCGAGAGCGGCAUCGUCGCCAGCGGGGUGUCGACCUACGAGCACGAGAAAGCAAAGGUGGAGCGAUCGAUGGCACGAGCAACCGACUGCAGCAUCCAGCACUGCAAGGAGGAGGCUCUGUGGGCGUGUGAGAGCGCGUUGCUGCUUCACAGGCAGCCAUGCUUGUCCCCCUACCUCACUGACUGUGUGGACAGCAACUGCAAGGUCACAGAGUGUGAAGGGGAUGCGAGGGAGGUGACGGGAGGAAAGAUCAGAUCAGAGAGAGUUCGCGAUGCAAUCACAGGAGUUUUCUUGACCCAACAAGAGAAAAGGACAACCUGA